AUGACAACAAUUCCACCGGACUGGGCAUUAUACCAGACCUACCUUGCCGGUGAAUUGGUUUAUGACUCCUUCAUGUCCAAGAUUUAUCGACAACCGGUAAAGCCAAUGAGUGUUGGACUUUUAGAUGUCGACACUUGUAUUGCUUUGGAGCAGCUUGCCAAUGUCCUGGCUGUUGCUUACUUCAAUCCUGUUCAUCUCAAAAUUGACAUGGUCAGAUACAAUGAAUCUCUGGAAAAAUAUGAAUCUGGACGAAGUGAGAAACAAGAGCAAACUCUUUUAGACAAAUUCCCUCCUGCAGAACAGGUUGUCCUAAGAACACCGAGUGUCAUCAUUGAUUCUGGAGGCAGAAUAAUUGUCUGGUAUUUGCCCGGAGCCAUGACUGGUAUGAUAAUGACAGACAUGCAAUGCACCACAAAUUCCAUAGGAAAUCUGUUGAACGAUAGCAUCACCACCAGGAAGGCUACUGAAUGGAGGACCCAUGAGUCCAAUUUCUAUCCGAGUCCAGAUGGGAAGAUCACACCUGGUUGCAUCAAUAUAUCACCUGCCUGGUUUCAGCAAGGCAGAGAGAAACAUGGUUUCCCAAAACUUGAUCCGGAAGAUGGCUUCUCACCUCAGGUAUCCGCUGCAUUGAAAGGUGAUGUUGGUUGCAAUAUCACAACCUCCCUUCAAAGGUCCGGUAUCCUUGUCUCUGCUGCGCUUCGGGUCAUGCACCCAAAUCUAUAUCGGGCUGGAAUCAAAACUCAAGUCCGGCUCAGUGAAUGGGCGACCCAGUAUCAGUGA